GACGCUCUAGGCGGCGGCCGGCGAACUCGCUGCUCCCGGCGGGCCCGGGCCGGGCUGGGGGGACGCGGCGCUGGCGGGGCCCGUCCCGCACCCGGUCCCCGAGCCCCAGCCCGAGCCCGGACCCGGCAGGCCGGGCGGGGGACGGGCCGGGCCGGGGGCCGGCCGGUAGCGGGGGCCCGGGCCUCGGUUCCCGGACGGCGGAGCCGGGCAGCGCCUCAGUUCUGACCAUAAUAGCUGUUCAGGAUAGGCGACAGCACUUCAACCUAACCCCCUGCAGGUUAGACAGAAGCGGGUGGAGGGAGCACCAGCGGGAGAGAGGAAUAAAGAAGAAAGAGGGGACAAAGGUGGAAGAUGGGACCGUUUCCCUUGUGUUUUAGGUGACUCUGACACCUGGUUACCAUGAAGUCCCGAAGGAGGUAGAGGGACAGUAGUGGGAAUUUCUUCUCACUCCUCCAAAAAAAUCCAACAAUUGCCUAAUGGGAUUACCUCUUAUCCUGACGUCAUGGGGAGCUGCUGCAGUUGUCUGUGCAGAGACAACAUCCCAGACAACCAUCCCACCAAAUUUAAGGUAACGAACGUGGAUGAUGAAGGUAACGAGCUGGGAUCUGGGAUUAUGGAGCUGACACAGACGGAGCUCAUCUUGCACACUCACAAGCGAGAUGCUGUCAGGUGGCCCUACCUCUGCUUGCGCCGCUAUGGCUAUGACUCCAACCUCUUCUCCUUCGAGAGCGGUCGUCGCUGCCAGACGGGGCAGGGGAUUUUUGCCUUCAAGUGUUCCAGAGCAGAGGAGAUCUUUAACCUCCUCCAGGACCUGAUGCAGUGUAACAGUAUCAACAUAGUGGAAGAGCCUGUUGUCAUCACCAGGAACAGUCACCCCACGGAGCGGGAGCUCUCCCGGACCCCCCAGGCACCCAACAGUCUGGGGUACACUGUCCCAGGAUUUCCCAACGGAUUUCACAGCUUCCCUGGAGAAACCCUAUCAUACUCCACAGCCCGCCACCCCUCCGUGAGCAGCCUGAGGCAUUCCUCUGUGGGCGAAGACUCUACCCAUGCCCUUAUUGGGCCUGACGAGCAGUCCCACACCUACGUCAACACGGCCAAUGGUGAUCAGGAGCUGAGGGGCCGACAUUGUAUGCACUCCUUGCCUGAAGUCCACCCUCCUUUCCCCCAUAGGAACCACAGCUGCUCCCUCGAAGACCGCAAUCCCCAGGUCUUUCUACAGCCAGGGGAGGUUAAGUUCGUGUUAGGUCCCGCGCCCAACUACAGACGCGUCUGUCGGCACCACCGGGAGUGCAGGACACAAUUCUGCCCCCCCAACAACAACAACAACGAGUGUGAGGAGGAAUGCCCUUCACCCCAGUGCGUCUAUGAGAACGUCAACGGCUUGCUGCCCCCCAGCACCUCCUCUCUCUGCCGAGGCGGGCGCUUGAAACUCACCCGGGAGGACACAGGCCUAUCUGGCUGCUCCCAUCGCAGAACGGCGUUGCUGCACUAUGAGAACUUGCCGUCGCUGCCCCCGGUGUGGGAGUGCCAGCCGCUCCGGCGGGGCGAGGAGGACGCGGGCGCCGGGGAUGUGCUGACACCUUCCCCCAACGGUUACUCCGAGGCUGGUGAAGAAGAUCCCCUGCAGAACUACAUGAACUCGGAGAACACCGCACUGCACGGGGGCAGCAGCCAGCGGCGCAGUGGCUUCCUGCCAAGGGCUCGUCGUGCCUGCAUGCCCAGCGUCUUCAGCUUCGACUUCCCUCGGCCCUGUCCGGAGCAGCCGCGGCAGCUCAACUACAUCCAGGUGGAGCUGGAGGCUGAGCCGUGCAAGGGACAUCAGAACCCACCGGUCCCCCGUGUCCCACCUCCUGCCACCCACGAAGCCCGCCGGACGGACUCCUACGCGGUCAUUGACCUAAAAAAGACAGCGGCCAUGUCCAGUUUGCAAAGGGCCCUGCCGAGAGAUGAUGGGACUUCGCGGAAAACUCGACAUAACAGCACUGACCUGCCUCUGUAAGGGGGAACGUGAAGUGCAAGCACUGUGUCAUGGCUUCGAUACCUGCCCUUCAGUGUGUUGCCCGGUGUGACUUCCAUUUGCCAUUGCCUUCUGCUUCCCUGUUUGCCCCGUUACCUGGUGUCAUGGGGUGGCUCCUACAGCUGAUGUUAAGGCUAGUCUGUCUGUCUGUCUUCCCCUCUCCGUCUCUCCUGUGUAGUUCAUUUUUAAAGCCAUUUCGGAUAUUUGAUGACACUGUUUGAAGGUUAAAUUUCUGGUGAAAUGGGCAGAAGGUGCCAGCAAGAGUACCGGCACUGUGUGGAUACAGCCUCAGAUCGCGUUAGCUCUCCUGGUCGCCUGGCAGCUCCGCCAGCAGUGCCAAGAGCCUGGCUGCAGAGGCAGGGCAGUAGCACGGUGGAGGCAUGUUUCCAAAAGUGAGUUGCUUUAGGAGCUCCACUGCAAACCAAGCCCAUUCCCAUAGAUUUCAUGCCUUGUGACUCCAGGCAAGCCCUGCAGCCAGGCCACUCCAAAGUUGGGUUUUGCCUUGGGGUUUCGCUGAUCCCUGAUGACGUAGGAACUCAUGCUGCGGUCUUUCCCCCCUCAACCUGUUCCUUUCUCCUAUUUUCUUGAAGCUUGUAGAAGCUUUUUAUACUUCUGUCCCUUUCUCAGAUUUGAUUUAAAUUGGGCAAGCCUAGAAAUUAAUAGAGGAGGACGGACAGCCAUGGGCACGGACACUGUGAUCACAUAAACCUUAUUUCCUGAAGAGACCCCGCUUGAAAAGAGGAGGGGAAGACCGCAACUAUGAGAGAGAUGUGAGGUUUGAUAUAGAAAACUUCAAUUGUACCGUAUCCUGUUUUGAUUUUUAAGGGUUCUUUUUGGUGGCUGUUCAGAAGUGCUGUUGAUUUAUUUAUUUGUUUACUUAUUUAUUUAUUAAAUGUUCUUUUGCAUCCCAGUGGUAAUUGCCAAAACCGGUGCCAAUAUGAAACGUGUACUGGCUGUGGCUCACUCCUCCGGUCUGGGGGACAGAUCUCGGAAGAGGUUGGUGGCUUUGCUGAGCUGCAGCUGGGGAAAAGAGCAGCUGCGAAUCAAAAAUUUUUUUAACUGGGACUGUCAGAGGGUGGGUGGGAAACGGUACGGGAGACGUGGGAGUGGGAGCAGAGCUGCCAGGCAGCCGAGCUUGGAGUCGUAUCAAAGUCGUUGCCUACACCCACGUGCCUGGCUGGAUCCAUGAGAAAUAUUUGAUCAGUGUUUUGAGUGAAUGUACAGUUUGUUUCCUACAACUACGGACUUGGAAGGGCUAAACUUCGGCUCUCGGGUAAAUUCGUGGCCUUUGAUGUGGAUUUUUCUCUUGAUACCAGGGUUGAGUCUAAGCGGAGCUGUCAGGCCUCUGUGUGAGGUCCUGCGUAGGGUCUCUGCUCCUCUUCCCUUGCAGGAUGUUCCACCGCCCCUCUCCGCAUGGUGACACGCUGCAGCUUUAUCCCUCCCUGGAUUACUCUUUGCCAUUACAAGCUGUUUCAGUGAGACAGAAGUGCUCUGUGUUACUCCGGAAUCCCACCUUUUUGCUCUCUAUUCUUCAUCUUCCUCCCUGGGAUAGGAGUUGAGAGAUCCAGUGCUCUGCGAGGUAUCCUGCUGCCUGCAGAAACGUUGCCAAACCCCAGUGUGUUCUCCUUGUCCCUAAUGUUUCCGAUGUCGAAGUCGGCGAGCCUCCGGCGUGAAAGAGGAGAGAACCCGAUUGUCCAGCUACACCCGGCUUCUGAGGUCCAGAAACUUGAUUUCCAGAUUUUUGAAGUUCGGCCUUUUUAUUGUUGGUGCUGUAAUGUCAUAUUGAAAUGUGACCCUUUUGGGAGCAAGGACAUGUGCCAUGCAGUUCACAAAAAGUGAUAAACGUAUGAGUAAUGCCGUGCUUGUGUCGGCACAACAUGGAUUUCUUUGCCUGCUGUUGCACUAUAAAUUCAAAGUCCACCACAUGCUUAAAUUCACUGGUUUUUCCUUUUUUGUCUUUUUUUUAAGAAGUCCUUGUGCUUGUCUUCCAUUCUUUUCUCCACCCCAACCCUUGUGUGAUGCAUAACUGGAAGGAAACCCAAGUAAUAUAUUUUUAUAUGUGUACCAAAUGACUUUAUUUGAAGGAAAAAAAAAAAUAGACAAGUAAUGUAUCCCCCUAAAUCUAGCUUUCAUUUAGGGAAGUGAGAGAAAAAAUUGUUUAUAUAUAUAUAUAUAUAUAAAAAAAAGUUAACUGCGUUAAGCUUUAAAUAAACUAUUUAAAUAAAGAGUUUCUAAGCUGUAAGUGUCACCCUCCGGGACAGCCCUAGCAGCUCCCAUGUGGCAGCACAGGGCAGGGAACCUCUGUAUGACCCUGCCGUUCCACUGCCUGAGCUGAGAAAUGCAAAAUACUUAUUCCCCUCUUCCCCCUAGAAAGGGGAAAAAGGAUGAAAUGUUUCCUGUUUCUCUGGAGGAGGAUGUCAGGGCCCUUUCCCACCUGCACGGAAGGUUUGCAGGUUGGUUAAAUGCCAGGGAAGGUGCCGUCAGGUGGCAGCUUGUGUCUUGGGAGAGAGCAGGUGAGACCUGGGGCUGCUUCUUGGGUGCUCCCUGUGGCCACCAGCCCGACUGCGUGUCUCCGCCGGGUGGGACAAGGCUGGUGCGAGGGUCCGUAGGUGGUGUGAGCUCCAGGGAGCGGGGAAAGCACAGUGGUGCUGGUGGUCCCUCGGAAAGGCUGGGAUCCCAGCGAGCCCCGGCUGCGAUCCCAUUUAGGUGGCUCUAAAUUAGCUUUGCUGUGGGAAAGCUGGCGUUGAGCUUUUGAACUGCUGACUUUCGUGUGCUCCAGACAAACUGGGUUGUCCGAUUUGUGCCUCCCUUUCCACUUCGGCGAAUCUGAUGCUCUGCAACCUCCUAAGGACACUGAAAGCAGCAGUGACAAGGAGAUCGCUGUGUGCGCACAUAGCAGAGACGUUAUCGCUGUUCCCCGACAGCAUCCCGUACCCAUUUAUAGUGGAGGAUGCCGCACCUAUUCGAAAAAAGGAUAAAAAGGAUUUCCUUCAUCUUAAAGAUGGAAAACAUACAGCUGAUGCUGGCUGCAUCUGCUGCUUUGGGUGCACAGUGAUCUGGCGGGCGCCUUUCUUCACCGUCCUCUGCUUUUCGUCCCGUUGUGUCCUCCCCAGUGGCUGUGGGCCGGGGAGCGGUGCUGCUGGCUCAGCAGUCUUGGCUCCGGCAGUAUCACAAGCUCCCUGGAAAGCUUUGGGAAUGAAAAGCUGGUCACAGCUCAUUGUUUGCAGUGGGUUUGUUUGAUGUUGAAGCAGUUAAAUGGGAAACGCCGUGCAGGCAGCCAGGAAACCAGUUGUCGUUUAUGGCUUUCAGGGUGCGCAUUGGGUUCGUGUCCCAGUGAUUUUCUCGCUUUAUUGCUUUUCUGGAAAACUUUGCAAGAGCGACGUCUGCCUUAAGUAGCCAGGACCCUUUGAGAACGUCUUAAUAUUCAAUUUUUCAGGUGGUGCGAAAGUGCAAGGAAAGACUGGAGUCGUGUUUGAACACCGAGACAGUAGUUUUUAGGGCACCGGGAGCAGAAACGUCACUAUUUUGGAUUUCUCCCCGUGUUACAGCCCAAACGGUGCUCGCCAGUGUCGCAGCUUCCUCUAGUGGCCGUGCUUGAAAUGGUUUCGGAGGAGAAACCAGUAUUGGGUUGAAAGAUGAGGAUAUCCGAGUUUGCAUUUUCUCAUUCCUUCAGUUUUUUUGGUUUGGCUGAUGGGCAGGAGGGAUCCCUACUGAAAACUCUCUGGAGUCUUUCCUUAUUACGGUUUCCUUUUGGUUGAAAACUAUCUUUUUGCAAUAUGUUGUAUGUUUAUGGCACCUUGUAAAGACAGAUCUUAGAGUUUUGUGAGAGCCUUCCAUGCAGGUUUGCUGGACGUUCCCAAUGGAUGCAUAGUAAUAUCUAUGUGCAUGCUUACUUGGAUGGGCAGCUACCCUGGGGACACCCAAUGGCUCCUCCUAUCCCUUCAUAUUCCCCGCGGCAAAGAUCACAUCCCUGGAGAAUUACCUCACCCUUCGUCACUGCAUCCAUAAAUGUGGUUUUGAGUUAAGAAGGAUUCAUCCAGGGCUCUGUGCAUCCAACUGUUGCCACGCAGGUGACCAGGAGGGAAGGAGUGAGCACGUCUAUGCCUGAAACCUGCUCUGGAGUUGGUCCCUGAAGCCGAGUUGAAAGCCGUGGCAUCUCUUGCUCUCCCAAGCGCGGUUCUGCCGAGGCAGAUGGUUCCCCUCAAUGUGUUGUCAGUGAAUUGAUAACUUGGGAAAAGGAGCUGUGUUCGGUCAGCGGUUGAGUUUGCUGAGAAUUUAAUUUCUUUGGUUCUGAAGAGAAGGUUGGGGCAGCACAGUGAAGCUCGCUGGGGUGAUGGCGAAGACGUGGCAGCAUGAGCUGAGCUGUGGGUUUCGGUACUUGGCUGCGGAGCAGGUUUGUGUAGCCCCUGCUGGGAACUGUGGUGCAUCUCCGCUGGUUUUCUUCCUCUGCUCAUGAGACUGAAGUUCAGGGGAUGAGCUGGUAAGCAGCCGUGCGCUAUGCGCAGAGAAUUUGACUGUCUUAACCUUUCUAAGUGGUUCUUGUUUGAGGUUUGAGUUAAUCAAUCAGACCUCUUCCCUUGAUACUUCUUCCCUGGUGAAUGCAUAAAUACAUCUUUUCCCUUUCCCUUUCCUGAGAACCUGUUGGUAGGAAUAUAGCUUCUCCCGGCGCUCAGUUGUCUUUUAUCGUGGGAGACUUUUUGGAUUUGUUUUUUUCUUUUAACCCAUUUUAUGUGCCUGCUUUUCCCCCUGGGGAAGGAGGUUUGAGUAUGUGGGGGUUGUACCUGCCUUAGAGGGAGAGCCUGGAUUGUGAGGAUUAAAGGAUCAAUAUCUCUGCAAAGAGACUCAAAUGUGUUAGUCGUUAUUGAAGAAUUGUUAUUUUUAUUACCUAAGCCGUGCUGUUUUCUGGGAGAAAAACCAAACCAGGCCUUGGUGUUACGGCUGUCUGUUCUCUCAGCCAUUCUCUCCCAACGUCUUUCCUCUGUCCCUCCGCGUGAUGCUGCUCAGCCCUCUCGGGGGGUGUCUUCACUGUGAAGUAGCAUUAACGAGUCAUCGUUAAUGAACGCGUUGCCUAAAUUCAGCUUCUGGGAGGGCUGCUGUCUCAGUCUCUCUGGGGAGUUUGUCUUUCCCCCAAACUUGGCUCAUCUCGAAAUGCCGCACACAGGUAGCAGAACAGGUUUAGAUUCCUGUUACCGAGCAGGACCAAAGGCGAAUACAUUAGUGGAAAUCCUGAGAGCUUUGAAGUUGGCAAUUACAGGCCAGGGUAGGGAAAGGGCUCAUUGUAAAGAAAGGAUCUAAUCUGGUUUUCUUCCGUAAGUGACUGUGACUUUACAGUGGAAAGGCCCAGAUGCAUCCGUGAGAUCUCAAGCUCUCCUCCUGCGCGAUUCUCCUUGUUGUUCCUUGUUCUGGUGUCUUUGGUACUGAACAUUUCUGUCGUGGCAGAAAAACAAAGGUGCUUCGGGGCUUUGGCCACCGGGGAUUCGGUUGCUCUGACCAGAGGGGUUGAUCUUGCUGUGUAAUUGCUUCUUCAGGUUAUUUCUAUGGAUUAUCCAUUUAGUCCCUCUUUACAUCUCAUCCGGGUGUAACCUUCCAGGUGAAGAACAGCAGCAGCGCUAUGUGACCCGAGGAGUGCUCAUGUCUUACAUUAACGUGCACUACGAAUGUAUACAGAAUAAAUGGAAUAUGA